UCGCGCUUGUCACUGGGGCUUCAGCGGCGGGAUAUUGAGGAAUCUGCCCGUCCGUCACUGCUCCAGAGCGAGGCAACUGGGAAUUUUGUGACGAGCAUCCAGUGGUUCUGUUGUUGUAAUUACCUGUCGAGAAUGUGGAUUUGAACUCUGUGGUAUUGCUGGCGCGCGUCUCCAACGGAGAGGAGUGGAACUGUGCCGAUGCCAAGAUUGCGUGUGGUCAGGCUGGCGCAGACAGUGACUGCUGUUUUUGUGUCACCCGGUGGUCGAGCGCUGAAAGCGGCUGCGACUGGGGACAAGGGCUUGGACGUCAGUGACCUGUGGAAGUCGCGGCCGUCACCCAGCGCCGGUAACAAGAAUGAAGCAGUGGCUCCCGUAAGCACCUUCAAGCGAUGGCGUCGUGGCGGUAGGUCGAGUCCUAGCCACGUGCAGAACUUUGGCGGCGGCAAGGAGCCACCCGGCGAAGGGGACCGGUCUCUCCUCAAGUUCCUAGCUCUGAAUGCCCUAGAUCUCACAGCUCCAGCUAGUGACAUCAUCCUGAAAAACAGACAGAAUUCAUGGUUCCAGCUGUCAGGACACCCAGACUGCUUUGCCCCAGCAGGUCCUGGUACCAUCUGGAAGAAGCGCAGCGGUGGACCUGAAAAUGCCGAGCGUGAGGUGUAUGAAGCACUGGGUUCAGAUCCUGCUAUGAAGGACAUCGUGCCUCGGUACUUCCGAGAGGUGGAAUAUAAGGGAGAGAAAUUCAUUGAGCUGCAAGAUCUUCUUCACGGCUUCUCUGAUCCUCAUGUCAUGGAUGUUAAAAUGGGAACUCGUACAUUCCUGGAAUCUGAAGUGCAGAAGACCACUGCAAGACCUGAUCUGUAUCAGAAGAUGGUUGCAGUAGACCCAUCAGCGCCUUCUUUUGAAGAGCAUCGCGAUAAGGCAGUCACCAAGCUCCGUUACAUGCAGUUUCGGGAACAGCAGAGCUCAACCUGCAGUCAGGGAUUUAGAGUGGAAGCUCUGAAGUUCCGUGGAUCGCCACCAGUUACUGAUUUAAAGAAAGUGAAAUCUCGUGAAGAAGUUAUGGUGACCAUGGCAUUAUUUCUCGGUGGUCAAGAGGAUACGAGACAAAGGCUGUUGGCUCGUCUGAAGGAGAUCCGUGAGAAGUUUGAGCAGUCUUCAUACUUCCAGAGACAUGAAGUGGUGGGAAGCAGUAUUUUUAUGAUCUAUGAUGACACCAAAGUUGGAGCAUGGAUCAUUGAUUUUGCCAAAACUCUCCCUGUACCAGAGGGAACAGUGGUUAAUCAUCGUCGGCAGUGGGUACAGGGCAAUCAUGAGGAAGGCUUCCUAACUGGUCUUGAUUCUCUGAUCAGUAUUAUGGAAGAGGUGGAUCUGAACUCGUCACCUGCAAGCUACAAGAGUCCUCUUGUCAGAACAGACAGUAAAUCAUCAUCUUUGAAAUCUUGAAGUUAAGGCAAACAAGAAGGAAAACAUUUGUAUCUGUAAAUUCAAGAUUUGCACAAGUCAGGAACUGGAAGUAGAGGCUGUGAAGUUGUAUUGGUGUCACGUGUGGACAGAUAUUGCUGACAGAUGAAGCUGUGUUGCAGAGUGCUCAGUAAUGUGUCUGAAUUCAGUGGAUAAUGCAGGUGUGGGUUGAUGUAAUUUGUUGGAAGUAUUUGACCAUCUUCAGCAGCACAUGACAUGGAGAGACACUGACUGACAUUUGUCAGAGUGAACUAAGCAGGCCAGAGUUAUGCAAGACUGUCUCUCUGUGUUUCUGCUGUGGGUAAUUGUACCCUUAUUGAGGAACUUGGACAGACCGUGCAAUAUUUCGUAUAUAUUUCUCUGUCCAAGCUCAGUUUUGUUACCAAAUGGAAAAAUUAUUUUUUACUGUGGGAUACAUGUUUGUUGGAAAACAAAAUAUCAUGGAAGCUCCUAAAAAUGGCCUCGGAUACACUUCUAUGUCUUCCAGCUAAUGUUUAUAUGAUUAAUUUCGUGGUAUUAAUUUUUUUCACUUAUUACAUCUAAUACCUGUUUUUGAACCUGUUCUAUUUGUUUAUUGUUCUGCAUAUGUUUUGUACUGAGUAUAUUUAUGUGGAGCGUUAAUAGCAUGAUUGGCUGGACUGGAGUGCAAUAAAUGCUGUAGUAGAUGUUGCAAUUGUUACUUAAAAAACUGUUUUAUUUCACUGUGUUUUCAAUUUAAAUGUAACAGUGAUUUUGUCAAAAGACUAUAAAGCAUUAGUUAUGAAAUGCAUUGUGGAGCUCAGUGUUUCUAACAACCUGUAAUUUAUUUUGAUAUUUUAAUGUGAAGCAGUAAUUAACCAAUUAAACCUGCAGUUCAUCUAAAUAGUAUUUAAAAAUGUACCUCCCAUCUCACAGAAAACACACUGUGUUGUCAUACAAGGAUCAUUUGAUUAGUGGUCUUCAUGGGAAUAAUCUCUGUUUAAUCAUGUGAAACAGGUGAGUACACAUUGUAUGUUAUGUGUACUUAUGGUUUGAUAUGGUAAUUGCAUUUCUUUGGAGUACUUGAAACUGCCAGUGCACAUACUCGCAGCACUGAAUAUUCUGAUAUGGUUUUCUGGGAUAUGUUGCCAUGUUAUUCUUUAACCACAAUUGAAUCUGGAAUACUCUGAAUUAUGAUUCCUGCAAUUAGUGAGUACAUUUUCAUGUAAAUGUAUGUCAUUGGUUCCUGCUAAUAAGGAAAUAUGAAAGUGCUGUUCCUGGUGUUGAUUCUUGUAACUCUUGUAUUCUGAGUAUUGAUAGGUACAUUCCAUGGUUGCUCUUUGUCUCUAACUAUAUUUAAAAUAAAUGGCCACAGAUGUCAUAAGGUUUGUGCGACUGGCAUAAAAUUGUAUGACUUCUUGUAUAUUUGGCUAUAAUUAGCUCUUUACUUUAUUGAAGAUAAGCAAAUUAGUUCAUGUUGCACAGUCAUGUUUUUUACUUUUAUUUCUAAUUAAAAAAACAAAUAUGUUAAAGUAAUUGGUAUUAUGAACUAAUAGGAUUGCUUCCAAAUUCAGAAGAAUACUGGCAGUUUGGAAUGGAUCAUCAGCUAGCUAAGAGAACUACUGUUGUAUUAAGACUAUCUUAUUUACAGCAUUCAUAAUAUGUAAGGAAAGUGCGCUGGUAUUUUUAAAAGCAGUGAUUUAUAAAAUGUUGAUAGAAUGUAGUGUGAAACAAUAUUUCUGCUUAAAAUGAUACAAAAUAAUGUGUGUGGGUGGAUGAUCAAGAUGGCCAGUAUGGCUUUAAACUGGUUUAUAGCUUCUGAAGUCAUAAAACUGAUUGACUGUAUUUGUGGUGUUUGGUUAUAAGAUUGGUGUACUCAGUCAUCUUAUUUAAAAUAUUGUAUUUAAGUAAUCCUCAACAACUGCAUAAGUGUUCAGUUUUAUUUUGAUUAUGAAUAUGCACCCUGUACCAAACACCAACUAGAGGUGCAUUCUAGUCCUCAUGCCUCGAAUGUUAAUAUAGCAUUUUCCACUGUUUAAUUUGUCAACUCUUCAUGUAAUGUGCUGUCAUGUUGUCAUGACAUAUUAUUCAUGCUCUUUAUGUACUUUAUUAACUAUUAAUAAACAUGUGAAUGAUAAGUU